AGUAAGAAAGCGUUUAGGAGGCGUGACUAUGCUCCUAUUGGUAAAUGCGUUUCAAAGUGUGUGUAGAGGCUUCAGAUGUUAGUGGGUGGAGAUGACAGUAGGGCCAGCAAGAUGGCGUACCAGACAUUCCGGCAGGAGUAUAUGCAGAUUCCACCGGUAACCCGUGCUUAUACUACGUCGUGUGUGCUCACUACAGCGGUUGUGCAAUUAGAACUGAUAACACCAUUUCAGCUGUACUUUAACCCAGAAUUAAUAUUUAGGCAUUAUCAGGUAUGGCGUUUAUUCACAAACUUCUUGUUUUUUGGACCAGUUGGAUUCAACUUUUUUAUUAAUAUGAUUUUCUGUAUCCUUUAUGGUAUUGUGAUAUGCCUAUACAUAUAUCGGUACUGCAGAAUGCUUGAAGAAGGCUCUUUCCGAGGCCGAACAGCAGAUUUUGUAUUUAUGUUCCUUUUUGGUGGUCUCUUAAUGGCAAUCUUUGGAUUGUUUGUCAAUUUAGUCUUCCUAGGUCAAGCUUUUACAAUAAUGCUUGUGUACGUCUGGAGCAGAAGAAAUCCUUAUGUACGCAUGAAACUUCUUGGUGUAUUGAAGUUUCAAGCUCCAUUCCUGCCUUGGGUGCUUAUGGGGUUUUCCCUGUUGCUGGGCAACCCUAUUAUUGUGGAUUUAUUAGGUAUUGCAGUUGGACAUAUAUAUUUCUUUUUGGAGGACGUGUUUCCAAAUCAGCCUGGAGGAGGAAGAAUACUUAAGACACCAUACAUCUUGAAAGCAAUUUUUGAUGCUCAGGAGGAAGACCCUAAUUACAACCCACUGCCAGAAGAUCGUCCUGGUGGAUUUGCAUGGGGCGAAGGUCAGAGACUGGGAGAUUGAUUUGACCGGUAUCGGCUAAUUAAUGCAGCUUGGAUGGGAACUUUAUUUAAAGUACGUUUUGGGGAUGCAAAUACUCCCUGUUUCAAGAGACAGCUUUACAGUUCUUCAGAACAGGAAGCACUUUAUAAUUCACUGCCUGUUCCAAGGAGACCUAUUCAUUUUUUUUCACCAGUGCCUCUCUGCAGAGGUGGUUAUGCAUUGGUACUUUGUACUAUUGGAACCAAGGAACUGUAAGUUUGGAAGCCAGCAAUAGUCAACAAGACCGUGCAUACGUGUAUAAUGGUUUUUAAAACUUGUUGCGUGUCUUUCUUAUGUUCUUUGAUACAAAAGAUGACGUAUGGAAGUCUUUAAAAAAACAAACAAAAAAAAAACCUUGGUAUUUGUGGUUUGUAAGCUCACACCAACAUUACAUUUUAUGCCUCAAAUGAUCCUCCUAAGCAUUGCUGGUUUAGGUCCAACUCUUAAAACUACAAUGUUUGGCAACAUUUUGAUUCCAUUUUUUAUCCUAUCCCCACCAUUUAUGCUGACCUUUAUCUUGAUCCUUUCCCUGACUCUAAGCUGCUGCAAUUUUUUACAUUUUCUCUUAGUUUUUAAAUUGUAUGCAUACUUAUCCUUUUCUGUCAACUUUCUUUUACUACAUUGAUCAGUAUUUUUUUUAGAAGCAGUCUUUGGUGUGAUUAGGGUUUUUCCGAGAAAAUGCAUCCACUAUUUUUGCUUUGAUACAGGAGUUCAAGAAAACAGCAGCAGCACCACCACCACCUUGUAU